GUCGGAGGUGAGGGUUGUGAGCCGGAUAUAUAUAGAGAGCCAGGGGCAUCAACCAUCACAGUCUGGCUCCACCACACACACGCAUCAUGAGGUCUCUGGUUGUUUUGGCAGUGAUAGGCGUGUGUUCGGGCGGCUAUCAGGCCUACAACCCUGGCUAUGGCUACGACGUUCAGCCCAAGUAUGUGGGACCCGUGGCUUCCGUCAUCCCCGCUGGUGUGGACGGUAAGAUCAUCCCCGUCUCAGACACCUACGAAGUCGCUGCUGCUAAAGAUGCCUUCUUCAAGGCCUACAACGACCAGCUGGAUGUUAUCAAGUCUCGUCGUUAUGGCACCCCCGGCUACGCCUCAACUCUCCCUGUCUAUAAAGCUUCUGUUGCCCCCGCCUUCAUCUCCGGCGGCGCCUACGGAUUAGGCUCCGGUUCCUACGGAGGUCCCGUUGGGUCUUACGGCGUUUCCGCUGGAUCUUAUGGAGUUCCCGCUGGGUCUAUCGGGGUCCCCGCUGGGCCUCUCGGGGUCCCCGCUGGGCCUCUCGGAGUCUCCUCCCAGUCUUUCGGUGCAUCCAUUGGCGCUUACGGUGUACCCACCGCAUCCUACGGUGGUCCUCCCGGCGCCUACAAGAACCCCGGCUACCACGGUCCUCCCACUCAGGUCCCCGACACUCCCGAGGUGUCCGCCGCCAAGCAUGAGUUCUUCAAGCUCUACGACAAGCAAGCAGCAGCCGCAGCCGCAGCCCCAGACCUCUACACCUACCACUGAGACCCACAAAUCCACCUACCACUGAGUUCGACUUUGUUUUUUUACCAGUAACGUGCUCAAGAAUCCGCCAGUAACUCGGUAAUUUCCAAAAUUACUAAUCAUAAUAGAGAGGCACGUAGCAGUAAAGUGUUUCAUUUAUGUCCUUCAUUAAAUGACUGAAACAUGUAUAUAUACCUAUUUUAUUAGAAUAAACCACAGC